GUGACGGGCGAGAGGACAGAGGAGAGGUGUAGGAGGGGACGAGCAAAGGUAUACAGUCAGGCACGUAAAGUAGCUAUUUUACAUUCUUUGAUUUUGACAGCUCUUCUACAGACAUAGGGACAUACGGACUAAACUCACUGACAGAUUCGGGAGAUUUUCCACGCAGGGACGCGCUGACUGAAGCGAGGAGAACUCAAUUUUAUUCAGCACAGCUGGGCCUGAGCUGAUCUGUCAGCCUUGUGUAGGUUCACCCCCCAAGUGUCCUCUGGAUAUCAGCUGACCAUGAGGAUCUGAACGGAGGCAGCGCAGGGAGAAAGCCUGGCACAGUGUGUGUUCACUCUAACACAGCGAGGCUCGACUAAGAGAGGAGCAGACACCGAGCGGAGCAAAGAGAAAGACGCUUGCUGAAAGACAAAAUGUCUCAAAACAGAGAACUGGUGGUUUUCUACAUAGCCUAUAAACUCGCUCAGAGAAAUUAUCCUAUUAAUUACAUGGAACUCUUAGAGGCUCCAAACAGGACUGAUGGGGCGGGGGCAGAGUCGGGUGAGGAACAGCAGGUAGCAACGCACGCCAACGGGACUUUUAACGGCACGAGUCCUGGAACCCCCCCAGCGUCCCCACACCGGCAGCAGCAACAACGGUUACCAGCAACGACGAAUCUGGAUGCGGUGAAGGAGGCCCUCCGGGACUCGGCCAACGAGUUUGAGCUGCGAUAUGCCAGCGCCUUCAGCGAUCUGCACAACCAGCUGCACAUCACGCCGGCCACAACCCACCAGAGCUUUGAGAACGUGAUGGACGAGGUGUUCCGGGACGGAGUCAACUGGGGCCGCAUCGUGGGGCUCUUUGCUUUCGGCGGGGCGCUGUGUGUCGAGUGCGUGGAGAAGGAGAUGAGUCCCCUCGUUGGCAGGAUCAUAGAGUGGAUGACUGUCUACCUGGACAACCGAAUUCAACCUUGGAUCGAGAGCCAAGGAGGAUGGGAGCGCUUCUCUGUAAUCUUUGGGCAGGAUGCGGCGGGAGAGAUCAGGAGGUCUCAGGAGAGUUUCAAAAAGUGGCUGCUGGCGGGGAUGACGCUGGUGACCGGGGUCGUGGUGGGCUCACUCAUCGCCCAGAAACGCCUGUAGAGAAACACAACAAACCCUUUCUAACAGUCUUCUCCUUCCUUCAACACCCUCAACUUAAGGCCCACACAAGUUCAAAUGAAGGUCCUGUUUGUCUCGUCAGAACUGCUGAUGAUGUUUACUUCUUUUCCCCGUCACAGCCCUCACAGUGGACAAAGAAUCCUUACAUGUUGUCGAACUUUUGAGAAAAAGACAGAGGAGGAAGAGUAACUUGUAUUCAUGUGUUCUCCUUAUUCCACCCUGAUGAAAAAAAAGCGUGCUAAUACAGAGACGGACAAGUCAUUCUUUCCCUUACAGAACUAGUUAGUUCUUUUAGUCCUUUCUCCACUGGUUCCUGUGUUAUCUUUCUUUAUGUAUGUAUGUUUAGUUUUAACAAAUUUUGGUUGUCCAUUUUUGUUUUUUAAAGAUAAUUAAAGUGUUUCCAGUCUUUACAGUUAACCCCAAACUGUCUGAUGUAAAGAGUCACUGGCAGUCGGGCCAAGAGCGCCCGACGCGUCUCGUCCUGGAGCUCGUUUUGUCGCUCGUCCUCACAGACGGCUCUACCACAGCUUUGUGUGUGCCAUAGGGGAAGUGAAGGCAGGAGAGGUUGUAGCACCUGUCUCUGAACCGCUUCUGUAGUUCCCGUUUCCUGCCUGCCAUCCUGAUCAAUAACGAAUACAGCACAACACAUCAAGAUCCAUGCUCCAUGCUCCAUUAGUUUACAAGAAGGUUGAUGCUGGAAUGUAAGCCCAGAUUUGGGAAGCUCUCACAAGAUUUGUUCCUGUAUGGUGCGUCAGGGUAACAGAGUUCAUGCAGAGACCGGAUUUAGAGUUCAGCUUGAAGCCAAAUGUAACAUUCUGAUAAUAUCUGAAUACUACGUGUUUUUUUUUUUCUUAAACCUGAACAAGUACAUUUGGUGCUCAAACCAAACCAAUGUCUGUUUCCCAAUGUUCACCGUGUGUGUGAGAUGUUUUAAGAUGAUUGCAGUUUGGUUAGGUUUAGGAAAAGAUGAUAGGUUGAGCUGAAAUAAUGCUUCAAUGUUGAUUUUUAAUUUUGUUGUGUUUCACCUGGGACUCCUGGGUUAAAGAGAACGAGGAAAGUUCUUAGCAUGUGAGAUCAAAUCUAGAGUUACAUUCUAGAUACAGCCUCAUAAAAAAGUGAAAGUCUUAAAGUCAAAACAUCAUGGAAGAUUCACUCAUUUGCUCUUUUGUGUUUGUUGGUUUCCUGGUUUAGGAUUUGUGACUAUUAUAAAAAAAAAAGCCUCCUUGUGAUUCAUGGUCAUAUUUGGCCUUUAUUUAAUUUUGAUUGUGUUUCGUCAUUUUGUGUGAGAAGUUCAAAUAAUUCAAGUAACUGCAGCUCAUAGCAGGACACCAAGGGUUGGACCUUUAAUGUGGCCUGGUUACAUGACAUAUGUGAGCAUUUAGCUUUUAGCAUGUACAUUAUCCCCCCUCCUCCCCCUCUUGUUCAGACAGAUUUCAGUCUAGCCUUCAAGUGCGGCCAAUCGUCUUUGUUUAUCUAACAUUCAGUCGGUUUAACUUGAUCUCGGCAUGUUUGUGACAUCCUGAAUCUGCCAUCGCAUCACUAUUAAAAGAAAAACUUGAUGGUAGUGAACCUUUAGAAAGUCUUGAAUACUAAAUCAUGUCAUUGCCAGAUGUCCUUUAAAUAUGUUGAACUAUAGAAGCUAUGUUGGAACUAGCUAGUCAGCCUCAUACUACAUCACACGUGUCAUUGCUCUGAUUGGUUGUAGCGCAGAGUUAUAUUGGUUUGUGACCACUGAAAAUGCCCCUUAAGAAGGAAAAAAAGAACUGAACAGUCCUGGACUAAUACCUAUUUGGUUGCUGGGCUGGCUGUGCUAUGCUAUGUUUUCUACACGGUAGCUGAAGAAUGCAGCAAACACUGUAGCAACACACACACACACACACACACACACACACACACACACACAAUAGAAGAAGCAGAACCUCCGAGGCUCUUUAGUCUUAAAUGUCCUAAAGGUUCAAAAUUACGAUGAGAGUUUACACGUUAUUUUAACAACCCCUAUUCAGCAUGUACACAUAUAAACAUAUUACACUGAUCUAUCAUAGUUUUAGACAGGUUCUUUAAGGAUCAAUAUGGAGAUAUCAGAUCUGCAUUAUUUUUCAGCCCAUAUUUUUUUUCCAUAAACAUGAAGCAGAAAAGAAACAAUCUUCUUAUGGAACCUUUACAUUUUUAGAAAAGAUCACCUCGUUUGUGUUUUUCAUUCGAGCUCUGUAACACAGACACCUUUGAAUUACAAACUUAGUCUAGCAUGUCUGUCGGGCACUUUGUUGUCACUUGUCCGUUGUUGCUUUUUUCAUGCUCAAGUUGCAGAUUCAUUCAGAAAAUCGCAAAAACAUAGACUACACAUAUCCUAAUAUUGGUUCGCUGUAAUGUGUAAACACUAUUAUUUUUGUCAUUUCUUGAUCUGGAAACGUGGUGAUAGAUUAUUUAACUGCAACAAUAAAAAAAAAAAAAACAGCAACCCUCAUGUAAAAAUGACAAAAAAUAUAGUUGUGUUUUCUGACAAAUCAUGACAGCAAGGAAGCUGAAAAACUUUUUUUGUGUGCCUUUUCUAUCAUUUUAUACACAACACGUCGACUAGUACAAAAAGAACAAAACCAAUGAAACAGAAAGAGGCAGCCUUUGAUAGUUAAUCCACUUGACGGGUUGUUAGAAUAAUGUGUAACGUGUCAGUGAUUUGUUUUUCAUUUACUCAUCUCCCAAAACAUUUUGAAUACAUUGAUUAUCAUGUGGUGCAGUGCACAAACAGAGGACUAUUGUCCUGUUUACUUUUUCCUUGUGAAAAUGACUCUUUAAAAAAAAAAAAAAAAAACUAACAAUGUACAUGUAUCAGUGAAACAGUUAUACUUCAUAUUGAAUCAACAUCGCAGCCUUCUGAAGAUGUAUGUAGCAAAUUGAUGAAGCAGCUGUCCUCGAGGAGGCAGUGCAGUUCUGCAUCAGAUGUUAGGCCUGAUUAGAAACGUGUCUGUUAAGCAUCUUAAGCAAAUCAGCAGCAAGUCACCAUACCUGACAGCACCCCUCACCACCUCCACCACCUCUCUACACACACACACACACACACACACACACACACAGACACACUCUCUUCUCCUCCUCCAUCCUCCCCAGCAGACACCUCAAAUCUGUCAAAAUCUCCAUCCAGCUCCUCCUCUUCCUUUGCGGUCCCUCAGCUGUCACUGCACCUAGUCAUGUGUGUCAUUCACAGCUGGCCCACCUGCUGCCUCACACAAACACACAUCAGCCUGCACACUCUUUAAAAAAAAAAAAAAAAGUACACACCUGUCAGUCACAUGUAGUCCAGGGAGACAGGGAGAAAGAGACCGUGUCUUUGUUUCUAAACAUCUUUAAUUUAAAGCUCAAGUCCCAGGAUUGUCGCCUGAUGUGCCAACACAACAACUGGCAGCUUCUUUAUUUUCACAGGAGAAGUAGAAGAUACUCCUCCUGUUCCCAGUAUCCCCCCAGUACUUAUUCCUUGAUAUUUUCUCAAAUACUGUCUCCAUCUUACAACAACAUGCUUAUGUUGUGUUGGAGCAGCUCCAUGAGGCACACUAUAUGGUAGCUUUUGGUUUGACAUACAGGAACCAUUGUCUCAACAAAAAAGGGUUCAGCACCAGAUUCAGUCGUGUAGUGAGCAAUAGAGAGUAAACAUGAAAGGAUGGGAGGGAUUUAUGCAUGAGUCAUCCAUCACGACACUGUCAUUAUCUGUUUCCAGCUCCACGCAGUGCCUCCAUCCUCAAACCAGGACUCGUCCCUCUUCAUUUGAAUCAACAUUUACUCUAUUUCAUCUUCACACUUCACAUACAUUUACAAACGUAAACAAACAUAAAUCCUCUGUCUAAAGUCCUGCUUGUUUCCCUUAGAACAAGAAUUUCACCAACUCCUAGAAAAACAAUCUGCAUCGACUAUUGAUGAGUAUAAUCCUCUAAAUGCUUGUGUCCUGAGCAUCUUAAUAGCCAAGGUCUGCUCUCAUACAUUCCAGUACAGUAUAAAUAUAUAUAUAUUUUUCUAGUGUAUGCCCCACCAAGAAGCUGCUCGCAGGCUUUUCUCUGCUGUCCUGGCACUCACUGAUACAAGUUCCCUUCUUACACAUAUGUGAGUUUGUGUGUGUGUGUGUGUGUGUGUGUGUGUGUGUGUGUGUGUGUGUGUGUGUGUGUGUGUGUGUGUGUGUGUGUGUGUGUGUGUGUGUGUGUGUGUGUGUGUGUGUGUGUGUGUGUGUGUGUGUGUGUGUGUGUGUGUGUGUGUGUGUGUGUGUGUGUGUGUGUGUGUGUGUGUGUGUGUGUGUGUGUGUGUGUGUGUGUGUGUGUGUGUGUGUGUGUGUGUGUGUGUGUGUGUGUGUGUGUGUGUGUGUGUGUGUGUGUGUGCGAAUUUCUGUGUGGCAAAAUGUUCUGGAAGGAGCCACAAAUGAAGGAAGUGUAACAGCAUUGGCACAACCCUAUAUGCUAGUUAUUUAAACUGAUUAGAAUAGAACAUUAGCUUAGUAACAUAUUUAAGAAAAACAGAACUGAUGGCUUUUAAACAUUAUUUAUAUUUGGUGUAAAAUAAAAAGUACAAUUGUGCCCCUUCGAAUGGCCUUAAACUCCAUUUUUGCAUUCAUGUGAAUUGUCAUUUAUCGUGUUUUUUAUUUUUUUUGGAUUAUUGGACUGCCAAUAGAAAAUAAACUGCAAAGAAAGUAAUAUUUUCAAGAAGUUAGGACUCUGAGAAAUUUUGUUGGUCAUAAUGAGAACUGGGUUAAAGAUCGCAACCAUGUCCAAUGGUCUGUUUGUGUGUCUAAGAAUGCCAUUGUAAAAAUUGAAAUUGCAUUGAACCUAAUAAAGCCCAUGUUGCAAGAUGUA